AUGGCUCAACUAGUUGGGUCAGAAGAAAUCGAGUCAUUUAGAAAUGAAUUGUCAGAAAUAGGAAGAAGUUUAAGGUCAUCAUUUCGUCGUCGUACGUCUAGUUUGCAUGCUAAUUUGGAUGUAAAUUGUGCGAACAACGACCAAGAUCAUGAGACAGACAAGAAUCUUCUUCUAGAGUGGGCUGCAAUCGAUAGAUUACCAACCUUUGAACGUUUGAUAUCGUCUUUAUUUGAUGAAGAAAAUGGAGAUGGUGUUAUAUUAGGAAAGAAGGUGGUAGAUGUCACAAAACUCCUUCCUCCUGAGAGGCACAUGUUUAUUGAGAAGCUCAUCAAACACAUUGAGAAUGAUAACCUUCAGUUGUUGCAGAAACUUAGAAAACGAACAGAUAAAGUUGGUGUGAAAUUGCCCUCUGUGGAGGUGAGAUAUAAUAAUCUUCGUGUAGAAGCUGAGUGUGAAGUCGUUCAUGGAAAGCCCCUCCCAACUCUCUGGAAAUCUUUGCAAAGUUUUCUUUUGGGGAUUGUCAUGGUACCUGGUUUGAAGUCUAAACGCGCUAAGAUAACCAUUAUAAACGAUGUCACUGGUGUCAUUAAACCAGGAAGGAUGACUCUGCUUCUUGGUCCUCCGGGGUGUGGAAAGACCACAUUGUUGAAAGCACUUUCUGGGAACCUUAGCAAAUCUCUUAAGAUUAGUGGUGAAAUUUCAUACAAUGGAUACAAACUAGAAGAAUUUGUCCCUCAGAAAACUUCUGCAUAUAUUAGCCAAAAUGAUUUGCAUAUCCCUGAAAUGACAGUGAGGGAAACACUAGAUUUCUCGGCCCGUUGUCAGGGUACUGGAAGCCGUGCAGAGAUUAUGAUGGAGGUUAACAGGAGGGAGAAAGAAGGUAGGAUCAUUCCAGAUCCAGAUAUAGAUAUAUUUAUGAAGGCAAUCUCCGUUGAAGGACAAAAGACUACUCUUCAGACAAACUACAUCCUGAAGAUUCUAGGCCUUGAUAUAUGUGCUGAUACAAUGUUUGGGGAUGCCAUGAGGAGAGGAAUCUCCGGUGGUCAGAAGAAAAGAUUGACUACAGGGGAGAUGAUUGUUGGUCCCACAAAAGCUUUAUUUAUGGAUGAAAUAUCAAAUGGCCUAGACAGCUCGACUACGUAUCAGAUAAUUUCUUGCCUUCAGCAGUUGGCACAUAUAACAGAUGCUUCUGUACUCAUUUCACUUCUUCAGCCAGCACCAGAAGCAUUUGAUCUCUUUGAUGACAUUAUGUUGAUGGCCGAAGGGAUGAUCGUGUAUCAUGGGCCCCGUAGUAAUGUUCUAGAGUAUUUUGAGGUUCUUGGCUUUAAAUGUCCCGAGAGAAAAGGCAUAGCGGACUUCCUCCAAGAGAUUGUGUCAAAAAAAGAUCAAGCAACUUACUGGUGCCGAAAUAAAGAAGCAUAUAGUUAUGUCUCGGUGGACACCUUAUCAAUGAAAUAUAAGGAAUCGAAUUUGGGGAAACAAGUAAAUGACAAAAUAUCCGAACCCUUCAUCAGAACACAAAGCCAUGAGAAUGCUAUUUCUUUCAAUGUGUAUUCUCUUUCUAAAUGGGCUCUUUUUAAAGCUUGCAUGUCUAGGGAAAUUCUCCUGAUGAAAAGGAAUUCUUUUCUAUACAUUUUCAAAACAAUCCAGCUCAUCAUAAUGGCAGUGAUCACAAUGACUGUAUUUUUGCGAACUAGAUUGAAGGUUGAUAUCACUGAUGCAAAUUAUUAUCUUGGUUCACUCUUUUAUGCACUCAUAAUUCUUGUAGCCGAAGGGUUCCCAGAGUCGGCUAUGACACUUGCAAGACUUCCAAUUUUCUACAAACAGAGGGAUAUGUACUUCUACCCUGCUUGGGCAUAUGCUAUUCCUGCAUCAAUUCUUAAGAUACCAUUGUCAAUCUUGGAAGCCGCUAUUUGGACAGGCCUCACUUAUUAUGUUAUUGGAUAUAGCCCUGAACCCGGAAGGUUUUUCCGCCAACUAAUGAUUUUUUUUGCGACACACUUCACGUCAAUAUCUUUGUUCCGAUUAUUGGCAUCAGUCUUUCAAACUGUGGUUGCUUCUACAACUGCGGCAAGUAUAUCAAUAUUGUUUCUGUUGUUGUUUGGUGGCUUCAUUAUACCACACUCUUCAAUGCCUGGUUGGUUAAAGUGGGGAUUUUGGGUUUGUCCCCUUUCAUAUGCUGAAAUAGGUCUUGCGGUUAAUGAAUUUCUUUCCCCCCGAUGGAACAAGAUGACGGCUACAAAUACGACGAUAGGUAUACAAACACUAAAAAGUCGCGGGUUAGACUUUGAAGGAUACUAUUACUGGAUAUCACUUGGUGCCAUUCUUGGUUUUGCACUACUUUUCAACAUAGGCUUCAUAUUGGCUUUAAGCUACUUUAAGGCUCCUAGUAUGCAUGCCAUUAUUUCAAAGGAAAAGCUAUCCGAAGUACAUAAAAGUGAAAGGUCUAAACACGACACUCAGAAGCAUAAAAGUUCAAAUAAUAUUGUCCAGGAACCUUACAAAGGAAAAUUGGUGUUACCUUUUGAGCCGCUCACGAUAACCUUUCAAGAUCUACAGUACCAUGUGGAGCCUCCACCGGAAAUGCAAGGACAUGGCUUCACUGGGAAAAGACUUCAGUUACUUCGUGAUAUCACAGGGGCAUUUAGACCUGGUGUUCUUACAGCAUUGAUGGGUGUAAGUGGUGCUGGAAAAACGACGCUUCUUGAUGUUCUUUCUGGAAGAAAAACCAGUGGCAUUAUUGAAGGAGAGAUUAAAAUCGGGGGGUAUUCUAAAGUCCAAGAUACCUUUGCUAGGAUUUCAGGUUACUGUGAACAAACUGAUGUACACUCUCCCCAGAUUACAGUCGAAGAAUCAGUCGUAUUUUCUGCUUGGCUUCGCCUCCAUCCUGAAAUUGAUUCAAAAACAAAAUACAAAUUCAUAGAAGAAAUUCUGGAAACAGUUGAGCUAUAUUCCAUAAAAGAUUCCUUGGUUGGCAUUCCGGGAGUUAGUGGUCUAUCAACAGAACAACGUAAGCGGCUCACAAUUGCUGUGGAAGUUGUUGCUAAUCCCUCCAUUAUUUUCAUGGAUGAACCUACAACUGGACUGGAUGCCAGAUCAGCUGCCAUUGUCAUGCGGGCUGCAAAGAAUAUUGUUGAGACAGGAAGAACAAUUGUUUGCACCAUUCACCAACCAAGCAUUGACAUAUUUGAGGCCUUUGAUGAGUUAAUCCUAUUGAAAAAUGGCGGAAGCAUGAUCUAUUGUGGGCCACUAGGUCAGAACUCAUGUAAGGUCAUCGAAUACUUUGAGAGGAUUUCUGGGGUGCCAAAGAUUAAAGACAACUAUAAUCCAGCGACAUGGAUGCUAGAAGUUACUUCGCCAUCAGUGGAAGCUCAACUUGGAAUUGAUUUUGGACAGAUCUAUGCUACCUCAACUUUGUAUCAGAGCAAUAAAAACCUUGUAUACACAUUAAGUAGACCGCCUCCUGGUUCAAAAGAGUUGUAUUUUCUGACGCGUUUCCCACAAAAUGGUUGGGGUCAGUUCAAGGCAUGCCUAUGGAAACAACAUCUGUCAUAUUGGAGAAGUCCAUCAUACAACUUGAUGCGUUCGAUGCAUAUGGUAUUUGCGUCAUUUUUUUUUGGUUUACUCUUCUGGGAUCAAGGGAGAAAAAUAGAUAACCAGCAGAGUUUAUUCACUGUUCUUGGUUCCAUGUAUGCCGCUGUACUAUUUUGUGGGACAACCAACUCAUCUUCGGUCAUACCAUAUGUUUCCAUGGAGCGGACUGUUCUAUAUCGUGAAAGAUUUUCUGGGAUGUAUGCAUCAUUGGCUUAUGCUCUUGCACAGGUGACAAUCGAGGUCCCUUAUCUCUUCGGUCAAUCACUUGUAUUCUUCUGCAUCACAUACCCUAUGAUUGGGUAUGAUUGGUCAGCCUACAAAGUUUUCUGCUACUUUUACGCAUUCUUGUCCACAUUAAUGUUCUUCACCUAUUUGGGAAUGCUCAUGGUUGCAAUGACACCAAGUUUCCCGGUAGCCGCCAUUCUACAGUCUGCAUUUUACACCAUCUUAAACUUGUUUGGUGGAUUUCUAAUUCCUGAACCGAAAAUUCCAAAUUGGUGGAAAUGGUUGUACUAUCUUGCUCCUACUUCAUGGUCACUCAAUGCGAUGCUUACAUCUCAGUUCGGUAAUAUGAAGAAGGAGAUCUUGGUUUUGGGGGAAACUAAAUCUGUUGAAGCAUUCCUAAGAGAUAACUUUGGGUAUCAUUAUGAUCAGUUACCACUUGCACUCGUUCUUCUUGCGCUACAUCCCCUCAUUCUUGCUUUUCUAUUCGCAUACUGUAUAUCAAAACUGAACUUCGAGAGAAGGUAAAUUUUGCUGUCAAAUGUAUGCAUUUUAUAUAAGUAAGAAUAGGUGAAUAAAUUAAGAUUGUAAUAUAGCGCGCAAUUGAUGUUAGUGUUAGACUAUUAUUGUUCGAUCAUUGUCUAUAUCAUACGUGUCCUUUCCUAUUUAUGUAUUAUGUUUAUAUAUGUUGUAAUUUUAUCGUUGAUUUACUAUGACUAAUGAUGUACUCAAGGUAGUCAUGAUGGGAGACUUGAAUGACCCCUUUUAAUGUUGAA